AUGAGCGACACCAAAGCCUCAGACGCCCACGGCCCCUCAGCCUCCUCAUCAUCCACCAAACCAGCUGAGUCUCAAACAAAGACAAAGACACAGCACACACAACCCAGCCCCCAAACAUCCUCAGCCUGGCCAGGCCUGGGCGCAAACUUCGCACACGACCCCAAAGCCCCCUUCACCGUCAACUACGACCAGGAGGUCUACCUGCAAUUCAUGGCCGGAGAAGAAGGGACUGGGACGACUGGAACAGGGACGGGGACGGGGACAGGGACGCCAGACAUAAGCAAGAAGAACAAGAAUAAGACGCCGAAGCAGAUCUAUCGGGAGGAAUGGGUGCGCCGCGCACUGAAUCCCGCGAUAUCAGAUCCGCGGGGUGAGCCGAGUCCGUCUGAUUUCGAGUACGCGGAGAGUCAGAGGAUUAGGGAGAGGUUUUGA